AUCCAGCUAGAUGGGAUGCCCGUGGCCCUAGGGGCCCGGCUUAUUGUCCUAAGGGAACACUGGCCCGGCGGCCAGCCGGGACCCCAGGCUGCGAUGGGGCGGUGGGUCUCUUGGCGGUGCUGGCGAUGGAUGACUCCGGCCCGGCCUUCGCCGGUAGAUGCUGUCGGUUCCGGAUUACAAAACCCGCCUGCGCAGCCUCCACUUCCAGGCCACGCUGCAGGAGAAGACGGAGGAGAUCCAGGCCAGCCUGGAGUGCCUGCGCCAGGCCUCCCUGGAGCUCAAGAACAGCCGGAAGCUCGCCAAGAUCCUGGAGUUCGUGUUGGCCAUGGGCAACUAUCUCAACGACGGACAGCCCAAAACCAACAAGACCACGGGCUUCAAAAUCAACUUCCUGACGGAG